AUGUCUGUUCCUGGAGUUCUUCCUCCAAGUCCACCCUCAACCUCGUCUCGCCGGAAACCGUGUCUUCCCAAAGAUCCGGACAACUCAAGAUCCCCAGCAUCUUUUCCCGGCUCCUCAGGCACGCGAACACGAAAACGCGUCGAAUUUUCCCCCUGGACAAACACUCAUCAACCAUCGUCAGCCAGCCAACCUCCGUCCAGUAUCUUACGACGGAAAUCGAUCGUUCCUUCUUCGGAAUGCCAUCCGUCCCUGAAGUCAAUCCUUAAACCUGCCGUGGUAGAGGACAAAAUGCCACAACCAGUCUCUGAAGAGCAGGACGGGCAGCGGUCGGUAGGAGAAAUGAUGGAGAGCAUCACUCAACAACUUGCCCAAGACGAUAGGUCCAUAUCCGUGGACGCGUACCAGACACUGGCUGCUGUCAUCAGAGAAUACGACGAGGUACCUGAGGAGGCCACUUUGAAGAAUAAGCUCAAUACCAUCCUCAAGUACAUCAAGCGAGACCUCAUGAGACAAGUCAAGCCUGAUGAGCCACAAAUUGCCGACACCAAUGUCAUGACCCAGGCUUUGAAGGUGCUGGUCAUUUUUGUAUGGAAACAAGACUACGCCGCUUUACUAUCUGAUGAGUAUCGGACCUUCAUUCUCGACCGGUCGAUCCAGGUCAUUUCCGAGCACACUGCUCCAAAGAGCGUCAUCAUCCACUAUCUGCAUCUUUUGGCAACACAAGAUUUCCGUCCAGGUCUUGUCACAACCAACAACCGUGUUGGGCGACUAUUGGAAGCCUUGAAAUCUCUUACGGACCAUGUGAGGGGCAAUGGAGCGAUUUCGGAAAGGCUGUUGGUGUACCAAAAACUGCUGGACCAAGCAAGACCCAUCAUGAAAGCAAAAGCAUGCCUUUGGGUCGAAGAGAUGUUGACGGCCAUGACAAGCUCCAUGAAAGAUAUCAGGACCAAGGCCAUGUUGCUGGGAGUCAAAUCAUGCUCUGCUUUCCCAGCGUCGUCGUCUAUUUCGUCCGCUGUCCGAUCAGUUCUCGGGCGGGAGUUGGAAGCUAAUAAGACCUUCAACCUGGCCAUGUGUCGAAGGCUCGAAAAGAUGGUGGCCUCCAAAGAGGAAGCCCCACAAGUUCCUCAGAUUUGGGCUGUCGUGCUCCUGCUGAGCAAUGGCCCCGAGGCUCGGAUUGAAAACUGGGUCGAGUUGAAAGAUUGGUUGAAAGUCAUUCAAAAGUGCUUUAAUUCCAGCGAUUCCGCAGUUCGACAGCAAGCCAACAUGGCAUGGAACCGUUUCAUUUAUGUGGUACGACCGCAUGAAGCGUCCGACCCUCUAAUGGCAAUGCUUGCGAAGCCUCUGAUAGCCCAACUAGAGCGGCAAGGCACCGAUAAAACCGUCAAGAGUUCACGAUCCACAGCCGUGUCAAGUUAUUGCAAUUUGCUAUACUAUGCCUUUCGACCGGCAGCCUCGCACAAACAGUACAGCCGAGUGUGGAACGAGUACGUCGUCAAAGUCAUGAAGAGCUCGCUUUUUGAAAAGAACAGUGCGAACACCGAUCUUGCAUGCAGGAUCUUCAUAGCACUUCUGUGGAACGCAAACAAGAGUACAAAAGUCUGGAAAGAGAACCGUGCUCUUGAAAACACCCCAAUCGAACCAGAAGAGCUUCCCACUAUCGACUGCAAGUGGAUCAGAUCAAGAAGCAAUGCGAUCAUCGAUAUGUUUCGAGUGCUUCUUCGAUACAGCUCUUGGGGAGCCUCUGGUGAAUCCGACAGAGCGUAUAUUGCAAUCGCGUGGUCGCAUUUCCUCAAGGCUAUCGGAGAGUCGUGUAGCAAAGAGGUCAAGCCUUCUCUAGACACCAAGAAUGCUGUUACCAGCGUUCUUAAUUUUCUUGCGCAGCUAUGGAAUGAUUCUGGUGUCGACAAUGUUGAGAGUGGACAAUCCCUCAGCAGCCCACAGACACGACAAUUGACCCGACUUGCUGUUCACGAGCUCGAUCAUAUGCUCAUCCUGACGAGUAUUGAGAGUGGCAGUGUUUCCUUCUGCAACACUCCUGUUUUGCGGGAAGUGUUCGACGCUAUCCUUUCAAGCUGGAAACAGGUUCAGGAAAAUGGUGAGAUGCGGUCUCACCUGCAACCUGCAAGAAAUACAGUACAAACGCGUCUAUCGCAAUAUCAGAAGUGUCUGGAGUUGUUGAAUUCCGUGAUAAUCCAAGACUGGCAAUCAGAUGCGCAAUCAGGUGCAGGAAAUUCUCUGCACGUGCUGCAUAUUGUUGCUGAGGGUAUCAGAACACUGGAUCAUGUGCUACAGCAUGCACCGGCCCACCUCCUGACGGAGAGCUUGACUUUGUUGAACAUGGCAAUGACAAUGUUGCUGAAAGACGAAGCAGGCAUCUUUUAUCACUGGGAAGAAAUCGCUCCCGGCAAGCCUUAUCAACGAUUCAUCAAUACCACGGUCAAAACACUCGCCAAAGUACCUCCCGAAUCAGUCCAACCGCUUGACUCACUCUUUACAGCCCUUGUGGAAAGCCCGCAUAUUCACAUGGUGAAGGAUACUGUCAAGGGCUUGAUCUACCGUGUCAAUCAAUAUGAGCAGCGCCCCGCGGCAUCUCGUUUGUGUGAAGUCCUCCGCAAACUCCAUAAUCUCGCUGAAGAUGAAGUUCUCGCUCAUGAACAAAUUACAGAUCGUCCACCUAAGAUCGCCGAUACUCCUGGGUUGCUUGUUGAACAUUCCACGGCUCCUGUUUCAGGCAAGCGUCUAGCGGUGGAGCCCCAGGACGCUGAUGAAGAGUCUGAUGUCUCGCCAGCACAAGGCGGUCAAGGCAGCCAGCACAUGGAAAAUGAAGUCGCUGAGGACGUGAACUCGAGCCCUGAAAGACCAGUCUCGAGAUCCCGGUCGCGCCAUGAUGAUUCUCAGGUGCAGUUCGUGGCAAUCGCCUCAUCGCCUCCAUCGCGUGACGAACCAGAAUCACAAUUCUUGACUGCCCAUCAGAAGGAAGUCCGGGAAAGGCAACGGUCAGAACCGGCUGUGGUGUUUCCAGACCUGAGAUCUGGUCCCAGGCACCACAGCAAGUCACAAAGCCAAAGCGAUUGCGAAUUUGCCCGAAAAGCAGCAUCUCUUGUCGAACGGCCAUCCACACCUACUUUGCCUACGAACCAUGACCAAGGAGAGCCGGAAAUCGUGGCAUCCCCAACACCUCGCGCUCGACAUUCCACUAAACAGAUCACGGAUAUAGAAGUACCCUCGUCGCCACCAUCCAUUUUGGAUAACCGUGGCAAGGAUGAUGGUAGGCUAGAGAUCACAUCAUCUCCACCCCAAAGGCCCACUGAAGAUGCUGGCAAUGAGAUUGACCUUGCGAUCCUGCAGGCCGAUGCACAGUCAACUACGGCGGUAGCAGAAGAGCCUACUGCUGAGAAGAUGGAAAAAGUUCUUCCUGCGAAACCGGCUGCUCCUGUAAUGGAGAACGAUGGAAUGCAAGCCGGUCACGAUGGGCAUUGUGAUGACAUUAUGGAGCAGAUCAAUGCACCUUCUGAUACUCCGGAAGCCGACUUCGCUCCGUCUACUGUGCAGGAAACAAUGACAUGCAACGAGAUGGCGUCUGAUGACCAGCAGGCCGAAACAGGUGAACCCAAGGUCGACAGUGACGAGAUCGAUAUCCUCAUCGCGUCACAGCUUUCUCAGGACCUCGAUCGACACCUCAGUCAGACAGUGGAAGAGACUGCUGGUCCGGAUUCUGAUGAACUCAUGGACAUUCAGCCUCUGGAGGAAAGGGACGACCCGCAGCCAUGCAAACGGUCCACGCGUAGUUCCCGCAAACGAAAGGCGAACAAUCAUGUGUCCUCGUCCAGCAAGAGGAAAAAGUCCAGGUUCUCGUCGCAACGAUCCUCAGUGUCGCUGGAGUCGGACGUAUCAUCGGUGAUGGGGAGUCAGAUGAGUGAGAUGCUGGACACGAUUGAGGUUAUUGCGCCGGAGAUGAUAGAGCCUGUGGCAGUCCGUGACUUUGCACAAGAGACCGGAGCAGCUCCGAAGGAGCCAGAUCAGCCUCCCAAGCGUCGCCGCGGAAGACCCAGGAAGUACCCUCGCAAUUCUCAGUCACAGGAACAGUCGCACUCACAAUCACAGUCAGAAUCAACGUCUGAAGUCAAUGUCCUUGUGGACACUACCAAUUCUGGAGAAGUCCCUGCUAAGGAAGAGAAGAAUAUUGAGCAAACAUUCGCUGAGGCCACUUUGGACGAACCCCAGAACGUAGUUGGGGAAGAACAAGACGACAAAGGCGAACAGGCGCCUAUACCUGAACAUGAAGAUGUGACGGAUGUGGAGCCAUCUGCCGAAGCAGCAGUCGAUACAUCCUCCCGGGAGGAUGUGGAUAAAGGAGAAGCUGGAUCCGGGGUGAUCUCUUCCCUCCAGGCAAUCCUCGAGCGGCUGAAAAGCACGCCAAAGGAAGAGAUUAACCUGCGGGCUGUGGAUGAUUUGUGUUUCCAGAUUCGUUUCCAGGCUCAAGUCGUUGCUCAGGGGCAACCUUGA